UGGCAACCAGCAGCUGCCGGGCCAGCAGCCUCUACCGCAGCAGGGGUGGGGCACUGGGGGGAGGGGGAGAGAGAGAGGAGGAGCCAGAGGAGGUGUCUGCUGCAAGUUCCUGGCUGCUUCCGAGCUCACCCCAUCCUCUGAGAGGGAGGAGGCCCAACUGGUGAUGCUUCUGCUGCUGCCGCCGCCGCCGCCGCCGCCUCUAUUGCUGAUACUCUAGUGGGGCUGAAGGGUGGUUCCUAUUCGCACCAUCGCCAACCAGAGACAGAGGGGAAAAAAAAACCGGCAGGCGCUGCUGAUGUUGGGUUCGGAGACUGCAUCCGACUCGGUCACAAGGAAAAUGGAUUCAGUUUGCAUCUCUCCCUCCUUUAAACAGCUUCUCCGGGUCUCAGCAUGGGCUUCCAGGGCAGCGAUUGAGGAGACCUUACCAAGGAGCACCACACAGUAGAUGCUGAGACAUCGUACUCCAGGAUAAGAAACAGUAACAUGGCAGCACCUGCUUGAAAGAAAUUAAAAACCAACAGACUCCAUUUAGAAAGGAACAAUGUCCAAGAAAGGGCGAAAUAAGGGCGAGAAGCCCGAGGCACUCAUUGUUGCCCUUCAAGCUGCCAAUGAAGACCUCAGGACCAAGCUCACAGACAUUCAGAUAGAGCUGCAUCAAGAGAAGUCCAAGGUAUCAAAGCUUGAAAGAGAGAAGACUCAAGAAGCGAAGAGGAUUCGUGAGCUGGAGCAGCGCAAGCACACGGUGCUGGUGACAGAACUCAAAGCCAAGCUCCAUGAAGAGAAGAUGAAGGAGCUGCAGGCUGUGAGGGAGAACCUUAUCAAGCAGCACGAGCAGGAAAUGUCAAGGACGGUGAAGGUACGUGACGGAGAGAUCCAGAGGCUCAAGUCUGCUCUCUGUGCUCUCCGCGACGGCAGCAGUGACAAAGUAAGGACAGCGCUCACCAUUGAGGCCCGGGAGGAGGCCCGGAAACUGUUUGACACAGAGCGCCUUAAGCUCUUACAGGAAAUUGCGGACCUGAAAACGGCCAAGAAGCAGGUGGACGAGGCUCUGAGCAAUAUGAUCCAAGCAGAUAAAAUCAAGGCUGGGGACCUUCGGAGUGAGCAUCAGUCCCACCAAGAAGCCAUCUCGAAGAUCAAGUGGGAGUCGGAGCGGGAUAUUCGGAGGCUGAUGGAUGAAAUCAAAGCCAAGGACAGGAUCAUCUUUUCCCUGGAAAAGGAACUGGAGACCCAGACAGGCUAUGUACAGAAACUCCAACUUCAGAAGGAGGCUUUGGAUGAACAACUCUUUCUGGUCAAGGAGGCUGAGUGCAACAUGAGCAGCCCAAAACGAGAAAUUCCAGGAAGGGCAGGUGAUGGUUCCGAACACUGCAGCAGUCCUGAUUUGCGAAGAAAUCAAAAGAGAAUAGCUGAAUUGAAUGCCACUAUAAGAAAAUUAGAGGACAGGAAUACCUUGCUUGGAGACGAACGAAAUGAACUGUUAAAACGUGUGCGGGAAACCGAAAAGCAAUGUAAACCUCUCCUGGAAAGGAACAAGUGCCUCGCCAAGAGAAACGAUGAACUGAUGGUGUCCUUGCAGCGCAUGGAAGAAAAACUAAAAGCCAUUACCAAGGAAAAUUCAGAAAUGAGAGAAAAAAUAACAUCCCAUCCACCCCUGAAGAAAUUAAAAUCUCUGAACGACCUCGACCAAGCUAAUGAAGAACAAGAAACAGAGUUUCUAAAACUUCAGGUCAUUGAGCAACAGAACAUUAUUGAUGAGCUCACAAGGGACCGAGAAAAGCUCAUCCGUAGAAGAAAGCAUAGAAGAAGUUCUAAGCCAAUUAAGAGGCCUGUUUUGGACCCGUUUAUUGGCUAUGAUGAGGACUCUAUGGAUUCAGAGACAUCAUCCAUGGCCUCAUUUAGAACAGACAGAACACCAGCUACUCCUGAUGAUGACUUGGAUGAAAGUUUAGCAGCUGAAGAAUCUGAACUAAGAUUUCGACAAUUAACAAAAGAAUAUCAGGCCCUCCAAAGAGCAUAUGCCCUCCUACAGGAGCAGACGGGAGGCAUCAUCGACGCUGAACGAGAAGCCAAGGCUCAAGAACAGCUCCAAGCAGAGGUGCUAAGGUAUAAAGCCAAAAUUGAAGACCUGGAAGCAACUCUGGCUCAGAAAGGGCAGAUAGAAAAACAGGAGGCAGAAAAUCACCGGUUACAACAGGAACUACAGGACGCCAGAGACCAGAAUGAGCUGCUGGAGUUUCGAAACCUAGAGCUAGAAGAGAGAGAGAGACGAUCCCCUCCAUUUAAUCUCCAAAUUCACCCAUUCUCAGAUGGUGUGAGUGCUCUACAGAUCUACUGUAUGAAAGAAGGUGUUAAGGAUGUGAACAUCCCUGAUCUCAUAAAGCAGCUUGAUAUCUUGGGUGAUAAUGGGAAUUUAAGAAAUGAAGAGCAAGUGGCCAUAAUUCAGGCCAGCACUGUGCUGUCCCUGGCAGAGAAGUGGAUCCAGCAGAUUGAAGGAGCAGAGGCUGCCCUACACCAGAAAAUGAUGGAAUUGGAAAGUGACAUGGAACAGUUCUGCAAAAUAAAAGGCUAUCUGGAGGAAGAACUAGACUACAGAAAACAAGCUCUUGACCAAGCAUAUAUGAGAAUCCAGGAACUAGAAGCUACUUUGUACAAUGCUCUACAGCAAGAAACUGUUAUCAAGUUUGGUGAAUUAUUAAGUGAAAAACAGCAAGAGGAGCUGAGGACGGCAGUAGAAAAGUUACGGCGGCAAAUGCUGAGGAAGAGCAGAGAGUAUGACUGUCAGAUUCUUCAGGAGAGAAUGGAGCUCUUACAGCAAGCCCAUCAGAGAAUUCGUGACUUAGAAGAUAAAACAGACAUCCAGAAAAGACAAAUAAAGGACUUAGAAGAAAAGUUUCUGUUUCUAUUCUUGUUCUUCUCUCUUGCCUUUAUUCUAUGGCCUUGAUGUCAAGGUGCCUCUUAAAGAGUAACCGAAAACAUGGAUAAGAUCCCAGAAAGACAAAUGCUUCUGAACCUUCAAAGAUGGCAAAAUUGUUUACACCAGUGAGAGGGAGAUCAAAAGCUAAGAACUACCCUGUAGCCAGGACUACAACUGUGUAUUUUAAAGCCAUUAUUCAAGGUUUCUUACUUGACAGUUCCUACACAACCCUGUUGAAAAUCUACAAUAUAUGCUGCAUUUAAUGAAACAUGUAUAUGUCAAAUCAGAAGAGAAGAACUAUAAACAUGUAUUGUGUAAAGAAAAAGUUCAGCAAUGGAACUAGUUUCUGCAGAUCAAGCAAAGAUGUGUCUUGGGCAUGGAACCAAAGUUACAAUGAAACAUUCAACCCCUGCUGUGCAGGGGGGUCAUUUUAAUGUAACACCACACCCCAUGGAAACACUAGUCCUGAUAAUAAACAUCAUUUUAAAAGAUCAAAAGAAAACAAACAAACAAAAAAAAACAAGGGUGGGUGGGGAGUGAAGCACGAGGAAUACCUAUGAAGAGCUAUUUACAAUAAAAUGUUUCAUUUGAAAAGUCUGGUUUCUUACUACAGGGAUUUGCUUUUCUGUCUUUAUGAUUGUUUUAAACUCAGGAACAGAGACAUCCGCAUCGUGAAUGGGAAGAAAAACACUCUCCUUUGUUUUUCUGCAAAAGGUGGAGCUUGUGGAAUUCAUUCCACAGACGACAGAUGAGAAGUGGAUCACAGUGACCAUAACAAAACUGGUAACCAAGUCAGAGGACCCGGGCGAAUGUGACAUGUGAAAUAAAAGCAGAUUCGAUGCUUCCUUGUCCUACGCUCACAUCUGCAUCCCUCCGUCAACAAUGGACUGAUCUCAUUCAUAUUGAAAACUAAGAAGAUGAUACUGUAAAUCACAUGCUCCCUGACUUAGUUCUAUUUAGAACGCCAACAUCUAUAGGGAACAUGGGCCAGAGAGCAUCUCUGAAUCUUUCAUUUCCAAAAUACUGGUUUUCAAAUGGCUGCUUAAAAUUGCCUGCAAAUGAAUAUGCUAUAUGAUUUGGGCAAAAACACAACAGAAUCAAUGAGUAAAUUUCUACCAAGAGUCGGGUUUGCCACAGAGAUGUGAAUAUUAAACUAAACUAUUAUUUUUUAAAGAAUCCUCAUAUGCCUAGAGCAUUCUGACCUCUUCUUGUUUAGAGUGAUAACAUUUUUUCCCAGGCAGAUGACAGCAACAAGAUAGCUCUACUUUUUUAUAUAGAAAUAACAUUAUGUUACUGACAAGGUCGUUUUCUACCAGAGACAAUUAGAGGACUGGUACUUUUCCUAAGUUGUGUAUUACUGAGUCUUGGAGUCAUCUGUGAGAGCAAAUAUAUGUUCCUGAAAAGCUAAUUUUACACCUCAUUUACUGUAGAUAACAGAACAACCUCAAUUUUUCAAAUUUUGAAGUUUUAUUUAUGGGGGUAGAAUUCCCAUGCAUAGAGAAUAUGUGUAGGGAGCCAGAAACUCUUUCUAUGAAAUGCUAUACAAAUCUUCCCAUAUGUGGGUUCACUAUCAUCCUUCAGUUUUAGCACUGGCAUUUGCAAAGCCAGAACAAUAGCUGAAGAAUGUACAAUAAAAACUAGAAUGCUGGGGUCCCACUUUUUGUUCUUACAUUUACUGCUGACCCAGGUAUCUUUGGCCCAGUCACUUAACCUCUCUGUGCCUCAGUUUCCUCAUCUGCAAAAUGGGGUUAAAAUGCUUUUUCAUAAAGUUUUAUUUGCAAUUUUAGAACAAGAGGUGCUUAAAGUAGCACAAUGUGCUUUGUAAUUAUUAUAAAUGCUGUAUUAUUUGACUUUCUUGUGUUGUUGACAAAAAGAUUCCCUCAUGUAAUAAAAUAGUGCUUCAGUUUGGUUAAAUUUAAGCACUAUAGCACUGAAGCUUGCUUAUCAAGCUACUUGGGACAUUAUUAGCAAUAAAAACUGAGAGAUUCAAAACCAGGAUCUUUAAUAAUCUAUAGCAAAUAGAUCAUCUCAUGCUAUUGAACAAGAUAGAAGAGUGUGUCAUUUCUAUGAUAAGCAUCUCCCAGCUCUCUUGAUUGCAUAUGCAUGCCAUCAUACAGAACCCCACUUUUAUCAUGGGAGAGCCAAUCAUUAAACAAAGGCUUGGAGCAAACUGACAGUAUCACAAAAUUAGCUUGAUUAUCUUUUAUUCUGGAGGAAAGUCAGGUGAUAUGUCCUACUGGGAAGAUACAAAACAGACUAUCCUGCUGUAUUCUUUUUUUUUUUUUUUUUUUUUGAGAUGGAGUCUUGCUCUGUCACCCAUGCUGGAGUGCAUUGGCACAAUCUCGGCUCACGGCAAGCUCUGCCUCCCAGAUUCAAGUGAUUUUCCUGCCUCAACUUCCCUAGUAGCUGGGAUUACAGGUGCACACCACCACACCUGGCUAAUUUUUGUAUUUUUAGUAGAGACAGGGUUUCACUAUGCUGGUCAGGCUCGUCUCUAACUCCUGACCUCAAGAGAUCUGCCUGCCUCAGCCUCCCAAAGUGCUAGGAUUACAGGCACAAGCCACUGUGCCCGGCCUCCUGCUGGAUUCUUUAUUCAACUAGGUAGGUUCCAGAUUAAAUAUGAGCCAUAUGCUCAUUAGGCAAGAAAUGCGAAAGAGGGUGCCUCUACAGUGUUGGUGACCCAACACUAGCAAACUUGAGUCAGAAAAUAUGGAAGAGGAUAAAUUACUCUCACAUAUCUAAGAUGUUUCCAUUUUUCUUCACUUUCUGUUGCAGGGCCCAUGUGAGUAUAUUCCAUCUGCUCCAACACACACCUUCCUUCUCUUAAUUUUGCUUUCCCACCCACCAAGAAAUUUGUAAGUCAAAAUUUAUUUCCAUGAACAAGCUAUUUCUAAAUGAUUGGAAAUUUUUGCAAAAGUGGUAUGGUUUAUAUACCUAAUCUUCUUAACUGCUAUAAAUCAUAUGAGAACAACAGCUAGGAUAAUUGUCCAAGCAGCUUUAGAUGUGUUUAGGGCUAGGCAAAAGGUUUGCUUGUUUUUUCUUUCUGCUUAAGAUCCGGGAGAUUAGCAAAUUUCUCAAGACUAUAGGCCGAACUGUAAUUUUUACCAAGUCUUGUUCAUGAGCCUCAAAAUUAAUAUAUCCUUGAAUAAAGUAUAAAUAUUUCAGUAGAUACAUCUCUCUAUUAUCCAUUUUCACAAUUAUAAAAGCAUCAGCAAAAUUGUGGAUAUAUGUUCCAGUCACUCAUGGAUCUAUGGAAAUGGACUGUGUUUAAAUGAAUGCUUCCUUUGGAUAGGAUGUUCAGCAAUAGCAAAAAAAAAAAAAAAA